AUGGCCCAACAAAGCGCUGUUCGUCAUUCAAGUUCUAACCCAUCUCUCCAGCCAAAAAUCCUUAGACCAUUUGACGCUGGUGAAAUCAAAAUUUUGUUACUUGAAAAUGUUAACAAAAGUGCAGUGGAAUUGCUCACGAAAGAGGGAUAUCAGGCAAAGCAACAUGCUGGAUCUCUUCAAGAAGCAGAACUCAUUAAAAAAAUUCAAAAUGUACACGCGGUUGGUAUUCGCUCAAAAACUAAACUAACAAAAAAAGUCUUGUUGGAAGCAAAGAAACUUUUGGUUAUUGGUUGUUUUUGUAUUGGUACAAAUCAAGUUGACUUGGAAGCAGCAGCGAAACAAGGAAUCUCAGUCUUCAACUCACCUUUCAGUAAUAGUCGAAGCGUUGCCGAGCUCGUGAUCGCAGAAAUAAUCGGGUUGUCACGUCAAUUGGGUGAUCGUAACAACGAGAUGCAUAGAGGUGACUGGCAUAAAGUUUCGAAUAAAUGCUAUGAAAUCCGCGGAAAGAAACUUGGCAUCAUUGGGUACGGUCAUAUAGGAUCUCAGCUUUCCGUAUUAGCGGAAGCGAUGGGCAUGACAGUGUAUUUUCAUGAUAUAAUUCAGAUAAUGCCACUCGGAUCCGCCAAACAAUUAAGUAGUCUCCAUGAGCUACUGGAACGUGUUGAUUUUGUGACCAUACAUGUGCCAGAAACCAAUGAAACCAAAGGUAUGAUCGGUGAUUCGGAAAUUAAACUCAUGAAACCUGGAAGCUAUCUGAUAAAUGCGUCCAGGGGUUCUGUUGUGCAGAUUCCAGCAUUGAUUAAAGGCUUAAAGAGUAAACAUUUAUCGGGCGCAGCGUUAGAUGUGUUUCCACGUGAGCCAGCUUCCAACGAAUCAAAUGCCUUUAAUAGCGAGUUGAAUGAAUGGACAAAAGACUUGUUGGAAUGCAAAAAUCUUAUAAUGACGCCGCAUAUAGGUGGCUCUACAGAAGAAGCACAACAUAUGAUCGGACUCGAAGUGGCAGGGUUUCUCGUAAAAUACAUUAAUAAUGGAACAUCAAUUGGCGCUGUUAAUUUUCCAGAAAUAGACCUUCGUGCUAUUCCAGCUGCCACACAAAAUUCAUGUCGUUUGUUAUUUGCUCAUAAAAAUGUACCUGGUGUAUUAAAGGAAAUCAACGAUAUUCUCUCCGAUCAUAAUGUUGAGAAACAAUUCUCUGAUUCACGCGGAGAAAUCGCCUAUUUGAUGGCCGAUAUCUCGGAUGUGACCUUAGAGGAAAUUCGAAAAAUUUACGAACAUGUCAGUACUACAAAGGCGAAUAUAUUGACAAGAAUUGUCUACUAA